AUGAGGACUCCCACGCGUUCCUCCUCCAAAGCACUGUCAGUCCGUUCUGGCUUAUCGCGUACACCUUCCAAACUACCUCCCGCUUCUCCCACACCUAAGCAACAGCAGAACAACGAUACACCGAUAGAUCCGGCCUUGUUGCAGGAAGAGGAUGACCUGGAAGAUGCUGAGGGUGAACUGGUGGACGAGGAACUGGAGGUUGACAUGAGCAAUCACAGACAUGGACCUAACGGACAUCAUCAUCAUCAAUACCAUCGUCAUCAUCAACAACCAGAUCCUAUAGCCUCUUCAUCAUCCUUGUAUCAAGAUACGAUCGUAUAUCAACCCCACGUACAAGCACCAGCUUUCACGCCUCGUAUCGACAUCUUCACAUCUUCCAAUGGAUCCAACACUCCUUCACCCAGAAAACGAGCGAGGGUAGCUAGAUCUUCCACUUCUUUAUCGCAGACAUUCUCUACCCCACAACCUAAUGGUGAAUCUCAUAACCAUACUGCAUAUGGGUCUCGCUCGCAACCGCGUUCUCGACCAAAGACGAAACCCAAUGGGAAAGGAAAAGGCAAACAGCCUGCUGUCUUCAGGGAGCCGAUAUGUUCGUUCUGUGGAGGGACAGAUAAUAUCAACAAGCUCGGUAGGGCAGAGAGGAUGGUAUCCUGUACGUUAUGCGGUAGAUCAGGUCAUCCAUCCUGUUUGAAUAUGGAGGAGGGAGGGUUGAUCACAGUCAAGAUACAAUCAUACGAUUGGCAGUGUAUUGAAUGUAAGGUCUGCGAAUCAUGUAAAGUGAAAGGAGAUGAUUCAAGGUUGAUGUUCUGUGAUACGUGUGAUAGAGGUUGGCAUAGCUAUUGUCUAGUACCUGUAUUGGCAAGACCACCCAAAGGCUUAUGGCAUUGUCCCAGAUGCCUAUCUGAAGAACCAUCCUUAUCUUCUACCUCUUCCCGUUCGCACAAAACUCACCUCAAUACCACCAGUUCAUCUUCUCGGAAAGCGGUAUCUGCUUUGUUGGAUACACAGAGCAUAUCGACGCCAACUGCCAGACAUAAGAAAACAAUAGCAGUAAAUGGGUUAGAUGAUUUCGCAUCGCCUGGUCCAUCAACUCAUGCUCAGAGGAUAAAAGUGAAAUUGUCAAAACCCUCUGCUUCUGCUUCUGCGUCGGAGAAAAGGAGGAGGAUCCGAGAGAAGGUCGAUACGGAAGAUGAUGAAGGUACACCUAUGAUAGUUAGAUUGAAGUUACCCAAGAAGAAUAAGCAGCGCACGGAAGUAGAAAAUACAUCAAACGAACCGGAAGAAAUACCAGAAGAGGAGAGAGUUCCUUAUGGUGGUAUAAUCACAGGUAAAGAAGCCGAUACAUCCAAGACAGAGAUAAAUGAAAGGGAUAAAGAGGAAUUUGAGAGAUCUAGGAAAUUGGCUGAAACAAAAUUAGGUGGUCCACCGCCCAAUCUAUCUUCUUCAUCGACUCUAGACCUCGGUUUCAGUCUAGGUUCACCUGGGCCUUCUUCACCCGGUACACCUGGACCGAGUCAACGUACACCUGUUCAGAAUCCCAAUGGAUCAUCAAGAUUAAACAGUUCUUCAGCAUCUUUAUCACGCCCGUUGAGAGAUAGGUUAUUACAACAGACUAUAUCGAUGAGUGAUCCGUCACCAACAUCAGGAUAUCCAUUCCCGCCUUCCACCCCUCCUCAUGGUCAUCUCCAUCAUCCACCGAAAGAAGAUACAGGUAAACCGGAAAAGAUCAAUAAAAUUAGAUUCGGCCAGUUCGACAUCGAUACGUGGUAUUCGGCGCCAUACCCUGAAGAGUACGUUUAUGUACCGGAUGGAAGGUUGUGGUUAUGCGAGUUCUGCUUGAAGUACAUGAAGAGUGGGUUCGUAGCUGGACGACACAGGCUCAAAUGCAAAGUGCGACAUCCACCUGGAGAUGAGAUAUAUAGGGAUGGUGCGGUAUCGGUAUUCGAAGUGGACGGAAGGAAGAACAAGAUAUACUGCCAAAACCUCUGUCUCCUCGCCAAGAUGUUCCUAGACCACAAAACCCUCUACUACGAUGUUGAACCGUUCUUGUUCUACGUGAUGACGGAAGUUGACGACCUCGGCGCGAGAUUUGUUGGGUAUUUCAGCAAGGAGAAGCGGAGUCUGGAUAACAACGUUAGCUGUAUCAUGACGUUGCCGGUUAGACAGCGGAAAGGCUGGGGUCAGCUCUUGAUCGAUUUCAGUUAUCUCCUCUCCAAGAAAGAAGGUCGAGUUGGAUCACCCGAAAAACCUCUGUCAGGAUUAGGAGCAGUCACAUACAAAGGGUAUUGGCGAUUAGCUAUCUUCAGGUAUCUGCUCACUGCCAAACCGGAUGUCAGUAUGGAUGACAUAUCGCUCGCUACGUCUAUCACCCUUGACGACAUCUAUUCCGUCCUGACAUCGGAAGACAUGAUAAACGUCUUUGAUUCCCGUCCAUCAUCCCAGACUCCCAUCUCUUCAUCUCGAACACCCAAAUCGCGCAAUAGCGGCCACAAUAGAUCACGGAAGAAACCGCCUGCUAAUAACGACCAAGAUGAUAAAGAUUUUAAAGUACCUUUACCUACGGAAUAUUCGAUAUCGGUCGACAAAGAGUAUAUCCAAGCGGUAGUUAAAAAACAUGAUGAAAAGGGUUAUCUGGUGUUGAAACCUGAAAGAUUGAAAUACCAUCCUUUCUUAGUUACUAGAAAUCCUACGUUGACGAGUGGAGAAAGGGCGGAAGCUACGUUGAAGAUUAUCGGACAAGCAACAAAUACCAAUGCCAACCUCAAUGGGCAUGGACAUGAACGAAGCUAUGAUGUAGUUAAUGGGGCUUCUGAGAAGAUGGCAGAACAUCCACCGACUGAAGAAGAAAUUUUGAAGGGGAAGGAUCAAGCUACGCUGAAUUUGGUGGCUGAACUAUCACAGAGUCCAGCAAGGUCGCUGAGACGUAAACCUCGGGAAUCUCCUUCAGUCUCAGUAUCACCCAUCAAAAGUCUUAGACCGAGGCACAAUGUACAAGUCGAUUCGUCGCCAAAUACAAGAGAGUUAAGGAAACACUCGACAUUACCUGCAGCGAACUCGUUUCAUGGAUCCCCUACCAAAUCCGACUCGAAUGAAUUACCGGUAUUGAAGAAAAGCUCAAGUAUGAACGGUAUAAAUGGACUUGAGUCGAUGAAUUCGAGAAGAAGAAGGAUCAUUUUGAGUAGUGAUACGGAACACGAAGAGGAAGAGGAAGAGGUUGAACAGAUAGAGUACGAUAAGGUGGAUCCCCGACUCAUUGCACCGAAGUCGAAUGGUGAAGGAGUCGAGGGGAAGAUUGUGGAUGGCGAGGAAAUAAAGAAUGCUGAGAUAGUGAAUGGAGAUGAGGUCAUGGUGGAGGAUGAACAAGAUGCGGAAGGUGAAGAUGAGGAUGCGGAGGGGGAGGAUGAGGAUGCAGAAGGGGAAGAUGAUGAUGAGUAUGUUGAUUGA